CCUAGUUAUCUUGACAGCCGCUGCAACCCAAUGCCAGCCACGGUCACUGCGCGCCCCAACAACAUUGUGAAACAACGACGACUUUGGCCGUUCAUCCGUUGUGCUCUACUCUGGUACGACAGAAGCCACACUCAUCAGCUCUGUUGCGCCUGUUGACACCUUUUGUUUCCCAUCAGGACUGACAACCAAACACAGGCGUCCUGGUUAAAAGACGGCUGUGAUUUGCAAAGGAAGAGGCUUGUCGUUGUAGUUACUUGAUUUUCCGUCCGGUUUGGUAUCUUCUUCUUUCUCGUUCGGAGUGGAUCGAACAGGGGAAGCUGUGCUGUUAUUAUUAUAUUAUUUUGCUUGUACAGGCGGCUUGUGACUUUCGAGAGAGCCAUUGAACAAAAGAAUCCAUUGACAUACCCUGCUCAGAGAGUCUUUUCGCUUGGUUGAAGACGAAGAACCGAUUUUGCCAUUGAUAUCUACCUGUUAAGUUGCAUAUAUUACCCAACGAUACAAUGGGAGAUGAAGACCGCUACACGGCCAUGGUGGAGUUCCUCGGAACUUUUCCCACCUUAUCUGGCUCCCCUCCUGCUGAAAUGUCUGAUUUAAGCGAUGGUGUAGCUUUAUUUGAGGCUCUUUCAGAGAUUGCGCCUGACCACUUUGACCCCACGACCAUUGCCCGUCAUUUGGGUGACAAUUGGGCUCUCAAAUCCUCCAAUCUUCGAAAAUUAUUGCGCAAUUUGGAGAACUACUUCCAAGAGGAUCUCAAGAAGGAUGCGGCUGAAUCCUUUUCUGCUUUGAAUGUCAGUGAUAUUGCUCGUCACGCUGAACCAGGAUCUAUUUCCCUCCUUGUAGAACUGGUGGCGGCUGCUGCUGUCACAUGUCCUGAUCGUGCCGAAUAUGUAGGCCGGAUUAUGCAAAUGACACCCAACAGCCAAAUGCAAAUGAAGGGAAUCAUUGAAUCAUCCAUGACCCGCCUGUCGGACUACGAGCCCAGUGAAGAUGGCGAGAUGGACGAUUCUGAAAACGUUGGAGACGAUGAAAACGAACUAGUAUUUGGACAGGACGAGGACGAGGAUGUACAGGAAGAUGGAGGGAUGAUGUUGGGGGACGGCGGAAGCAAGCAUCUCUUUGUUUCAGGGCACAACCGUAGUACCCCCACAGCCAGUGCGGUGGAUAUUGCUGAAAAGGAACACCUAGAAAAGAAACUUGCCGAUGCUCGUCGUGAGAUGACGCAACAGAAGGCUCAAGCAGAUCUCUUGACUGAAGAACAUGAGAAGGCUCAGAAAAAGCUAAAAGCAUUGGUCGAGGAUUUGCAGGAUCGGUUGGUCAAGCGACAAGACGAGUUGAUUGACACCGAAGAAGAAUUGAGGACCGCCACCUCGGAGCUCAGUGAUCUCAAAUCCAAAUUGAUAGAAUUGGAGGAACAAAAAGCUCAACUGGCGGAUGAAUUGGAUGUCGCGAGUUCUCGGGUGGAACAGUUGCGGAAAACUGAGGCAACCGUGAUGGCAUACCGAAAGAAACUUGAGAGUGUUGGUGCCAUGAAUCAGCAAAUGACGGAUUUGGAGGAUCAAGCAGCCAACUAUCUACGUCAAAUUAUGGAUCUUGAAUCCGAAGUGAAAAAGUCUGCUACGCUUCAAAAAGGAAUUGAUGAGCUGAACAAGAAGGUCGAUGCUCUCGAAAAGGAGAAAGCCGAAUCCAGUGAUUCUGUCAAGAACACCAUGACCGAGAUUGCUGACUUAAAGAGCAAGCUUAGUGCCGCCGAGACGGCAAAGAAAAUGUAUGAAAGUGAGCUCACGGAAUUGAGAGCCCAACAAAACAACAUGCCCGCAGAUGACCUCGGCGAUGGAUUCGGAGAUGCUGGUAUGAUGGACGCAGAGAGCGCCACGCAAAACAAGGAGAAAUUUAUGCGCUUGCAAAUUGAGAAUAAGACUUUGAAGGAAGAGCUUGAAAAGCUCAAGGCGGGAGGAGCCGUUUCGACUGCUGCUGCAGUCGCCAGUGGAGAUGCCGGUGCUUUGCAGCAAGAGAUCGAACGACUGAAGGAGGAGCUUGUGAAGAAGGAAAAGGAAAAUGCCAAAAUUGGAAGCGACAAAGACAAGCUCGAGACGUACACGAAACGAACGCUGGCAAAGUUCCAAGACAAGUACUUGGUGGCACUCCAGGAGUGCAAGGCAAAACUGAGAGAAAAGCAAGAUAAGAUUGAAGCCCUCGAAAACAGAAGCGCUUCCGAGAAGACCGCCCAAAAGCGAGAAGAGCGCCUGCUCUCGUCAACAAUUUACGAGCUUGGUCUUGCUAUCAUGCAGAAUCGCUUGAAGGAGAGGUAAAUUGUAGGCUCCGAAUUGUAAACAAGAAGAAAUAAUAGAAAGGAUCGCAUUAUUUUUGGCGUGU